CCCAGGUACGCACUUCCAAGUGUUACAGGUUCUCCACAGCACCCAGGAGCUGUCCUCACAUCCUGGAACAAGUUGGGCACGUUGAUGCUUGUCCAUUACACACCCAUCUCCAGGCAGCUGGCCUCUUCCAGAAAGAUAAAUUUGGAUGCAACCACAAGCCUGGUAUGACAGAACACUUCAGUUUAUGACAGACUGAUACUUCCAUACCGGAUGACUCAUUGCCUUGCAUGCAUUAAUCAGUCUACGGGAUAUGCUACUAUGAAGAACAAAGUGGGGGACCAAAAGGAUGAAGAACAGAGGUGCACAAAAGUAUAUGCCCCAUGGAACCUGACUCUCAAUGACAGAUGCAUGUGCAGACUGUCUGCAAAGUUGAAAAUAGCUAAUGCAAAUGUCCACCAUAAACCAUUAUAGCUAAUAAUGAGCUCCAGAAGAAACAUUAAUGGAAACCUGUAUUAAUAAGCAGACCUGUCCUCAGCUCACCAUGUUGCCUUGCCACAGAAGACUGAAGCAGCUUCACCAUUUUGGUUUUCUUCUUGAAGCGCUCAAUGGCUUAAAAAGAUUGUUUCAUUUCUAGGAUAAACGUGAAACUCUCUACAGCGGUAACAAAGCUCAUUUUUGCAGGAAAUGGUAUUUCUAACAACAACACAAGGCUGUGGAACAGCUCUUAUAAAGUCUAGAGAUCAUCACAAACUUUGUCAAUUUUAAGUGCAAAGGACUUUUCCUUGAUUUUUUUCACCUCCAAAACAGAACUGUGUGUAUGACUAUUCAAGCAUGUAUGUGUGUGCACCCCAGCUCUGCUGCAUGCAUACAUACAAUCCUUUCCUGGGCAUAGGAAUAUGAAUGGGGCAAACAUGUUUUUCCUUCUCCUCUUGCAGCAAAUGGACACGCUGAGGUGUGGAUGUACACACUCCACCUGUGUCUGCCACUGGACAUCUCAACAGGAUUUUAGCAACACCACGUAUCUUCUGCCAGAGCCCUAGGAGGACUCCAGGAAACGUGAAAGCAGGAUGACGUGACCAUUUGAUACCUGUGGCCACUUCAGGAUGAAGUUUAGCCAUCCUUGCACCAGUAACGUGAGCUCACGCCUUGCAGAGUACAGAGCAAGCUGUAUGCUAGCUUGGGUUGCAAAACCUAAGGGUUUGCAAGACCCCAGAGGCAGUCAGAGACAGUAACGGAAUGCAUAUUCUAAAUAGCAUAAGCUGCAAUAUCCAAUUGCGCCAUCAGGGCUGAAUAAAGCUUUACCUGUUACUGCCAUUGGAAUUCCUUCAUGCUUUAGAACUUGGCUUUUAGUCCACAUAACACACUUUUACAAAUGUAUCUCUGUGCAUACUUUUGCAGAGCCUCUCCCUCCCACACCAUACUUCCCUGAAGGAGCAUCGUACGGACGCCCUCAGAGCCAGCAUGCAGAUCUUUGCCGCAGGAGCUCUGAGAACAAGCAUUUGCAGCAGUAGUUUGAGUAUGGGUAGACUCUUGUCAUUUCCUUUCCUGGUGUCAGGGCCCUGAGAGCACCCCUGCUUCAGGCUUAGGCUACCAGGCAGACUUUCUUUCCAGCUUUUAAGAGGAAUCCUUGCCCAGGUACUGCAAGGCUUUCUGCCUAUGUCGUCACGCAGUUCCCUGCAACUGGAUCUCCUUCCUUCCUGCCUCCUAUCCAACUGUUGCUCUUUAUUCUUUCUCCAGUCUCUUUACUCACCUACCCCCAUGGUCCCAUCCUCCGUUUUCUCACCUAUGUGUGGUUGCUUUGCAUCAGCUAUCUUCCAAAUUCACUGUUCAUCUUCCAGUAUCUCCUUGUCUUUUCUUCUCUCCCCCGUCCCCACAUGCUGCCCUUUUAUCUCUUGCCCAAGGAAGCUCAUUAACCUUUCCCAAAUCCACCCAAUUUCCUCAUUCUCUGUACUUAAGCAGGUCCAGCUAUCUAGUCCCAGUCUUUUCGUUAUCCUCCACUCUCCCCAAAAUGUCAGCUUUGCACACACUUUCUUGGUGCCCUUCCCACCCAGCCAGGCUGCCCCAGCAUCUUGUCCCAGACCCCCCACCUCAGCAGUCCAAGCCCUCCUGCGGUAUCUUUAUUUUGUUUUUUUCUCCCAAGAUUCUAUCUCUGCCCUUUUCCAUACUCUGCCUCCCCUCAACAGGAGAUUCUUUCCCCAAUCAAACCCCACCUCUCCUUCCUUCCUGCAGCUCCUCAUCCAGCCAGGGACUGAGCAAGAGGACCUCUUCCCUCUGUGCCCCCCACCCAGCCACACAUCUCCCUAUUCCCCAUGUUUUUUCUCAUUGACUUCCAACUCUCCCUUCCUUAAUCAUCCUCCAUCUUCUCCUUCCACCUCUCAGUUACUAUGUCUCUCCCCUCUCUCACGUCAGUGUCAUCUUGCCCUGAUUUUUUCCCUUCUCUUUUUUUUCCCUCCUCUUCCUUCUUCCUUCCUCCACACUCAGGUCAAUUUGCAGGGCCACCUGGGUCCCGAGUGCAUCGGCAGGCAGAGCAGGAGAAGGAAGGGCUUCCUGCUCUCACUGCUGAGCCUUGCCCGUGGGCUUCGCAGUGGAAAUGUCCACGGUUCCCACAGCCCUGAGCUGCAACAUGUCCAGUUACUCUGCAGCUGGCACGUAGAUAGCCCCAUUGGGCUCCUACAAGGUGCCUUACUUUGUUCUUGGGAAAGGCACUCCUUGGAAAUUUUAGCUGUCAAACUCUGGUAAAGCCUGCACUGAGUACUUGAGAAUGGGUGUUUUUCCCCCUCAAAGAUUUAUAAAUUUGCUGAAUUCAGUCAGAUUUCCACAAAAAGGACAAAACCCCUGCUGCAAAGGUGAGCAGCCCUACUCUAGAGCACACCGACUCUCAGGCAUUUAAAAAACAAAAUUGCAAGACUUUUGUAACACUGACAACAUGGUAUUCUUCCAUUUUGGGGGAAAGAAGAAAUUAUUUUGGGCUUAAAUAAAAAGGAACUAGCUAAAAGCAGAAACAAUUUCAGCUUUAUUGGGUCAAGUUUGGCAAAAUUAUAAAUGAGUAGAAAGAAGGCCUUUUAAUGGGACUUACCAAGCAACAUUAACAAUAGAUACUCUAUCAUCUGCCUGCAGGAACACAUUAGAAUAGCCAUGACAGCAGAUGCUGAGGCUCUGAGCCCAAUACUCAGGCUUAGGAAAGCAGAAGUAGGUUCAUACCUACAUCUGUACAAAUACUAACAGGCUCUUACAGUCACAUUACCCAGAAAAGACCUUUUUAUAGUGUGAAAUGCAACACCCUGCAUUGUAAGAUAUUGGAUAUACCAGAAGAAAAAUUCACUUGCAUGUCAGCAUUCAAGCAUUAAUUGCAGAUCACUUGAAUGCUGCUUUAAAUUAUCAUUUUGUCCUGGGCAGCAUCCUUCAUCCCUAGCUGAGUAUGUAGGAUGUACUAUUUCCCAUGAGAAGCGGCACUGCCCCUUAACAUUUGCUUCAUUUGUGCUAGCAAAUCCCCAGAUAGUAAAGCAAACUGACAAAGAUCAGCUGGAUUUAGCAACAGGGAAUAGUUAUUUAUAUGAAAAUGUCUAUAAGAAAGGCAUAUCGAAGGGACUAUUUUGCACAAAAUAUAAUGCUGUCAUCUUCUGGAAUGACGUAACUUUAGCCUAUUCAGUGCUAUAACAGCUUGGCUACAUGUGGUUUUGUAUACCUUUCCGGUGGAUCAGCGACUGAAAUACAAUUUCAGAAUUGAAGUAAGACACGUAGAUUUGUGACACUCUCCCAAUAUGACUGGUCCAGAAAUCAAUUAACUCAGUCUGCAAAUGUAGGCAAGAAGCUUUAUAGGUCAGUAACAGUUACA